GCGGGGCCUAAGUAGGAGGUGGGGGUGUGUGUGUUAGCGUGGCGUUAUUAGUCGCCUGCGUAGUUUAUGGGGAUGGAAAUGGACCCGUUGCUCCACGCCUUGAGUUAUUUCAGGCGGAGGAAAUUCCAACUCUGUUCGGAUCUGUGUUCCCAGGUGCUGGAAAAGGAGCCUGGCGAUCAGGCUGCAUGGUGUUUAAAAAUGCGAGCAUUGACGGAAAUGGUUUAUGUGGAUGAAAUUGAAGUGGAUCAGGAAGGCAUAGCUGAAAUGAUGCUGGAUGAAAAUGCAAUUGCACAAGUUGCACGACCUGGUACUUCACUUAAAAUGCCUGGAACUGGUAAUGGUGCUGGGCCUAGCAAGGCUAUCAGGCCAGUGACACAAACAGGGCGACCCCUGACAGGUUUUGUACGACCCAGCACGCAGGCUGGGAGACCAGGUAGCAUUGAACAAGCCUUAAAGACUCCAAGAACUGCUCACACUGCCCGUCCAAUGACUAGUGCUUCAGGGAGAUAUGUCAGGCUUGGAACAGCCUCCAUGCUCACUAAUCCUGAUGGUCCUUUCAUAAAUAUAUCUAAACUGAAUUUAAAUAAUUAUGCUCAAAAACCAAAGUUGGCAAAGGCUUUGUUUGAAUACAUUUUUCAUCAUGAGAGUGAUGUUAAGAAUGUAAGUAUAGUUAUUUAAAAAAGGUUAAUGUUCUUUCUGUUUUUAUUUUGAAUGUGAGAAAUAUGUAAGAGUUGAAGAAAACAAAUUCCUUAUUGCUUUCAUCUAUGAUAAUGGUACUGCAUUUUCUUCCUUCAGAAAAAUAUACAAUGUAUUGCUUUUGGUUGAGUUCAGUUUUUUCAUGUUAAAUAAUUUAAACUUAAUUUGUUUUUCAAAUGAUUCUUGUUUGCCCCCCAAAAAUAUAAUGGUCAGUUGAAAUCAACAGAUGGUUUCUGAAAUCAACUGGUUUCUGAAAACAGUUGCCUUUUCGUGUUAAAGAAAUACUGAUGGAUUGAUUGAUUGAUUUCCAUCAAAUCAGUGUCAGUUCUUAACAAACGUGGAUAGAUUUUUCCAUGAUAAUAUGUCCUUAAUCUUCAGCUUCAUGAAAUAUAUUGAUGUCUAAAAGCGUUUUUAAGGAAAACCAUCUCUAUAUUAAAAUAAGUAUUAAAGUAUUAAA